AUGCAUUCUCUUUACGCCAUUGCAAGUGCUCCCGAAUCGACCUCUAAGGCAUAUAUGCUCGGAGCCCUUUCAUGGUUCGCCGUUCCAUGGGCGUUCGCAUCGUGCCUCGGACUGGCUGCGCGGGCGCUCCUUAGCGACCCAAAAUUUCCGACAUACCCGAAUCCACUGUCCGCCGCUCAGACAGGUGCGGGUUUGACGGCGCCUGCUGCUGCUGCCGUAGUUAGGGGUAAGGGAGGUGCCGUUCUUAUCUUGCUUGUCAUCUUCAUGGUAGUUACUUCCGCUCUAAGUGCAGAGCUGAUUGGUGUAUCAAGCCUUUUCGCGUACGACUUAUACAGGACCUACUACCGCCCUAACGCAACUGGCGCAGAUAUCGUCUGUGUCUCCCACUACUUCAUCUGUGUCUGGGCCGUGUGGUGUGGUGCUUGGGCAACUAUCCUGAAUGCCGCGACCAUCAAUCUCGGUUGGCUGUUCUAUGUGCUAGGUCUUGUCCUCAGCCCGAUCGUAUUCCCAAUCGGACUCACUGUAACCUGGUCCAAGCUCACGCGCGCAGGUAUACUAUGCGGGACUAUUACGGGCACUAUUCUAAGUAUGUUGGCAUCGAUGAUUACCUGCUGGAAGAUUUCCGGCACUAUCAACGUGACCAACCUUGCAGAACCGUACUCUGCCGUCACCGGUGGGCUGACGGGCCUCAUUUUCUCCGGGUUGGUCACGAUAUCCGUGUCCUUCGCGAAUCCUGCGAACUACGAGUUCGCCGGGACUCGUGCGAUUGCGGUUUACGACGACGUAGAGGCAGAGGCGACCAUCGCAGACAGCAAGUCCUCGUCCAGCGAUGAGAACAAGGAAAUCGAUGGGGGCGACUCGGUCGAGGUUCGCCCAGUGAGAGCUGGCGUUGCGGAGCGGCCAAAGGCUGCCGUUGGCAGGGAAGAGCUCAUGCGCGUCUUCAAGCGGGCAGCAUGGUACUGCCUCGCGCUGACUGUAAUUGUCGGCAUCAUCGUACCGUUGCCUAUGUUCUUCACUGAGUACACAUUCAGCAAGAACUUCUACAAGUUCUGGGUCGCCUGCACGAUCAUUUGGGCCGCGACCAGCGGGAUCUUCUGCAUAAUUAUGCCUGUUUUGGAAUCGAGAGUAGAGCUAGGAAUCAUUUUGGACGGAGCGUUCAGGAUGCUGCUGCGAAGGCCGCAGGAACAGUCACUGGAAUAG